GCUCAGAGGGAAGAGAGAAAGGACCGAGGCCCUCUUCCGCCUGUCUCCAAGGGAAGCUGAGAGCUUUGGGCACGCGGAACGUGUGAAUGGGGGUUCGCCUAUGACGCGUGUCCUCCUGGGAAGAGCCGCUGGCGUUUGGGUUAAAGAAUGUCUCGGAUCCCUUUGGGAAAAGUCCUCCUACGAAAUGUCAUUCGUCACACUGAUGCACAUAACAAGAUUCAAGAAGAAUCAGAAAUGUGGAAAAUACGGGAAUGGGAAAAGCAAACCCAAGAUGUACAUUGGGGCAAGCAAAAGAGAACACUCUCUAAUUGUUCCAGUAGCCGGAUGCGUAGUGAUGGAUUUGAUGAGGAGAGCCAACAUGCUGAGUGGAAGGUGAAGAACUUGGCUCCUGUGUCAGAGACAAUGGAAGAUGACCUUCGCCAUGCCCGAUACUGGAACAGGAAACUCUAUGAAUAUGAAGCUAACAUGCCAGACAGGUGGGGCCACAGUGGCUACAAAGAGUUGUAUCCAGAAGAAUUUGAUACAGACAGUGAUCAGCCAGAUGAACAAAACUCUGUGAAUGGGAAAAGAAAAUCUCAGCCCGGGAAACAGUCUUCUCUUGAGUUGCACAAAAGCAAAAAAGCAAAAAAAUCGCACAAGAAGAAGCGGAAAAAGAAAUCUCACAAAAAGCGGAAGAAGCAGAAGCGAGAGCAGCCGAAUGUGGCGUCUGAUUCCUCCCAGGACACUGAAUGUUCAGAGGAAGGUGUUUCCCGGAAGAAAAAGCGGAGACGCCACAAAAAAGCCAAGAAGGCGGCAGCAGCAGCAUCCGCCAAGCCGCCAGCCUCUUCCUCAGGGCCAGAUAGUGACUCCAGCAGGGCAGGCAGCUGCACCUCCAGCAGCUCUGAGGGCAGUGAGCCUGAGGAGAAACCGGAGAAGCCGCCCAGGAAGAAGAGGAGGAGACGCCACGUGUCUCUGUCGGACAGGAGUGGCGAAGGGGUGCAGGAGAAACGCAGCAAGAGGAAGAACUGGAAAGUGGCUGCCGAUGAGUAUUCAGAGGACAGCUCUGACGAGGACUAACCAGAGGGCACCCACUCCGUCCGUGUCUGUGUGUGUAUUGGCUGGGAGGGCUUGACUCAAAAGACUGCCCUCCUGGAACAAACUGUGCUCUGAACUGGCUAUGCAGCGGCUCUUGAAUCUGGGCUCUGCAAACCUCGCUGCUGUUCAGGGGGGCACCUUUCAGUUUCACACUGGUCAGAAACUCUUUAGGAAAAGAAAGGAGCUGUCCGCCAAGGCUCCUGUUUUGUCACCCCAGAUUCAAGCCGAAUAACCUUCUGUUUACAAUGAGAAGAACUCUUAAAUUGGAGAACGCUGCUCUUGGGGAGCACAGCAAGGAAUGUCAUGACUCCUGCCAGAGCCGGGGGCGGUGGUUUCCACUGGGGUUGGAUCCUUGUCUGUAAGGGAUUUACACCAUCCACUUUAUUUUGAGGUGGGAAAACCCACUCUCCAUAUAAGGUUCCCUGGGCAAGUGGUGGUGGUGGGAAUUGGCAAAAGCCUCCCAAAAAGGGCUGAGCAGUCCCAGGCCUCGAAAGGUGUUUGACUAAAGCAGACCCAAAAUGAAGAGUAGCACACUCGAGCAACAAGGAUUUAUCAUCAGAUUAAACAGGUACGCAAUAAGAACAAUUGUCUUUUGAUAAAACAGAUUGUAAGAGAGAGUGUUCAUUAACCUGGCAGCGCAGAUUCCAAGCAAUCAGUAAAGAAAAAUAACUUCCCUGACACAUUUAACUGACUUGGUCCUAACUUCUUAUCCCCAACAGCUCAGCCUGCUGCUUCCUCAGGGCCCAACUGGGACAGACUAACCAACAAGCCCAAACCUCUGCUGUUGGCUGAGCCAGAAAUCUCCACCCAGUCCUCUGGAUUGGCCCCUUUGAUUUGAGCUUCCUGGGCUUCUCUCCUGUUUAGGAAAGGCAGUUGCUCUGUGAGGCCUAGUCCCCUCUCCAAUCCUUUCUAUCACUAUAGGCCCCCCUGUCUCUUUAAAAACUUAAUAUAUAUUUUGAACGGCCAGUACAUAAAAUCGAAUUGCAAUAAAUGACGAGAGAAUAGAAAGAUCCCCAAACUGCCCACAAGCUCUUGCCAUCUGUUUUACAGAUGAGGGCUUCCAUUCUUCAUCUAUGUGUCUCUCUUGAGUAAAUGGCUGUGGUUAAGCAGAUGAACAGGUGGUGGCAGCAGGGUACCUGGGACAACUGACGAGUGCCUUGGGGUGUCUGGCCAGGUUCAGAUAAAUCAUUCUUUAUAAGGCAGGCCGCAGUAGGGCCUAGCAGAGUGAACCAUCACUUUCCCCCCGCAGUGUUCUGGAUGGAAUGUCAUAGCCUUCUUUCCUCAGAAAGGUGCUCUGAAUAGCAUCUGCUGUUCCUUCUGGAAAAUCAUUAUUGCCAUCUUUGCUGGGAUCAGCCUUUCCCCCAAGAUGCUGGCUCCAAAGACUUCCCUUGAGGCAAACUUCACUCCUUGGGAAAUUUUGGGUGGUGAAUGUCAAGGAAAUGGCAGGGCAUGUGGGCAGCAGGGUUUUUUGUUUUUUUCGUUGGUGUGGCUGAGUCUAGGAAACUGAGUCCCUCUGCCCCUUCUGUUGUGGCACGUAUCUCUAGAGAUGUAAACUUAAGAAAUGGAAAGCCAGCCCCUGAAUGUUACAUGGUGGAAGCUGACGAGUGUGGUUUGACCUUCAUGCGGAACCUUUCCCAGCCUCCAGAAUGCACACACCUCUGGCUUAAAAGGGUAGCUGGCGAGGUAGAUUUGUACUGUGACAAGCGGGGGGGGGGCGGGGCUGGCUCAAUGUCGAGCCCAGUAGCUGCAAAGGAACACACUGCAGUACUUCGCAUAGCCUCCUCUCCCUGCUGUUGCUUCCAAUCCUCUCAGGAGCGUGUCUACACCACAGACCUAACCUGGCUUAACUGUCAUCCCCCUUUCCUGCAUUGAACUGUAUUAUCCAGGAUGGCUUAGGACAGCCAGCAGAAUUCUCAGCACCCUCACCCAACUACAAUUCCCAGAAUGCCAUGGGAAGCCCCAACAACAGAGUGGCUGUAAACUUAAGUUUGUAGUAUAGAUAUGCAAACUCAGGAAAAUGGGCUGGGUAGAUUGGGGGCUCAACCUUUUUACCCCAUUCCUAGCCUUCAGUGGUUUACAUGGGCCCUGACUACUUCCUUACUACAGUAAACCUUCUGCUGGAACUCGA